UUACGUUGAGGUCUAACAUAUUUCCUUCUCUGGAAAUGCAGUUGGACGCACUUUUAGAACCACCGGCCGACGUACAUUGAAGAGCCAACUCUAAAGGCUUCUUCACCGGGAGUGGCUAGGUGGCUUCUGUUCUUCAACUCUCCAUCCCUGGCGCAGAUCUCAAUGAAAAGCCGUUACUCGCACAAAGACUAAUCACGGCAGUGGAAGAGGAUGGCAGUCCACGCCGAGGGGAUCGUAGCAAUAGUGAUCUUCUACUUGCUGAUUCUGGCCGUGGGGAUAUGGGCCGCCUGGAAGAACAAGAACUCAGGGGUGUCGGAGGGUCAGGACCGCAGUGAAACCAUCAUGGUGGGCGGGAGGGACAUCGGGUUGUUCGUCGGUGGAUUCACCAUGACGGCUACAUGGGUGGGCGGCGGCUACAUCAACGGGACGGCGGAAUAUGUCUACCUGCCUGACUUCGGGCUGGCCUGGGCACAGGCUCCCUUCGGAUAUGCCCUCAGUCUGGUAAUAGGUGGCCUGUUCUUCGCCAAGCCCAUGCGCUCCCGGGGUUACGUCACCAUGCUGGACCCGUUCCAGCAGAUAUAUGGGAAGCGCAUGGGGGGGCUGCUCUUCAUUCCUGCGCUCAUGGGGGAGAUCUUCUGGUCCGCUGCCAUCUUGUCAGCGCUGGGGGCUACUCUGAGUGUGAUUGUGGACAUUGAUAUCAACAUGUCAGUGGUGAUCUCAGCCCUAAUAGCAAUCUUCUACACCCUGGUGGGAGGGCUGUACUCUGUAGCCUACACUGACGUGGUCCAACUCUUCUGUAUCUUCCUGGGACUGUGGGUCAGUGUGCCGUUUGCCCUGUCCAACCCAGCCGUGUCAAGCAUCAGUGUGACAGCUAAAGACGCUGUGUACCAGACACCUUGGCUGGGCAAGAUAGACUCAGCAGACACCUGGAUGUGGAUCGACAACUUCUGUCUUCUGAUGUUGGGGGGGAUUCCGUGGCAGGUGUAUUUUCAACGGGUUCUCUCUGCCUCUUCGGCUACCUACGCCCAGGUUCUAUCCUUUAUUGCUGCCGCAGGCUGCCUGGUCAUGGCUGUCCCCUCCGUCCUCAUAGGAGCUAUAGGAGCCUCCACAGAUUGGAACCAGACUACAUAUGGGGCAAUUCCUCCCAAAGAGAAGGACCAAUCAGAUAUGAUCCUGCCCAUCGUGCUGCAGCACUUGUGCCCGCCCUGGAUCUCCUUCUUUGGUCUGGGGGCAGUGUCUGCUGCUGUGAUGUCAUCAGCUGACUCCUCCAUUCUAUCGGCCAGUUCCAUGUUCGCCAGAAACAUCUACCAGCUGGCCUUCAGACAGUCUGCGACAGACCGUGAGAUCGUGUGGGUGAUGCGUAUCACCAUCUUCGUGUUUGGAGCUCUCGCCACCGCCAUGGCGUUGCUAACAGGGACCGUGUACGGCCUGUGGUACCUGAGCUCUGACCUGGUGUACGUCAUCAUCUUCCCCCAGCUGCUCAGCGUGCUCUUCAUCAAGGGAACCAACACUUACGGCUCGGUGGCCGGCUAUGUCUUCGGUCUGCUGCUGCGUAUCGGGGGAGGGGAGCCCUACCUCAAACUACCCCCCUUUAUCUACUACCCCGGCUGGGUGCAACAGGAGAAGAUCCACCACCUGACUGGAGACGUGGAGUACUUCAUCCAGCAGCGCUUCCCCUUUAAAACGGUUUCCAUGCUGGCCUCGUUCCUGGGUAACGUGGCCUUCUCCUACCUGCUCAAGUACCUGUUUGAGUCUGGGACUCUGUCUCAUAAGUAUGACUUCAUGGAUGCUGUUGUGUCCAAACACAGUAAGGAGAUCAUGGACAAGACCACGCUGGUCAGUAAUGACAUCAUCAUCCUGUCGGAGAUGGCGCCGGUCAAAACACGCCUCAGCAACUCAAUGGUGGGGACAUUUCCGAACACAGAGGCUCUCAGUGACGAUGAGGAGUCCAGCCCCGAGUCCUUAAACAACGACCACGAAUUGAGACCAGGACCAGGACCCAAAGCCAGACCUGGACCCAGAACCAAGUAGAACCAAGGCCAGGGGUGGCCAGCCCUCCUGGAGAGCUACCCUCCUGCAGAUCUUUGCUCCAGCCCUGCUCUAACAUACCUGAUGCUAUUAAUCAGCUGCUCAACAGGAUCUUGAACAGCUUAACCAGGUGUGCUACAGUAGGGCUAGAGAAAAAGCCUGCAUUUUCCCAAUAGCUCUCCAACAGAAGGGUUAGCCAGCCCUAAUAUAGAGCCUUUAACCCAGACCCAGAGCAGGUUUGUCUAGCCAUCCAACACCCUCAUGUUCUCAUCAUAUCAACCACUGACUGACUCUCUGUAAAUCAAACACCACCACCAUUUUAGUUUACUGUUCUCAGUGCUGCUACUGUAAAUGGAGUUAAUGUAUAGGUAAGGUAAUCAGAGUAUAACUCAUCUCGGUUAACCCAGAAUUUUAAUAUUGCGUAAUUUCAGCUGCGUGAUUAAAUUCAGGAUCUAUACGUGUUAGAAAUUGAGAGUUUUCUGUUUGCGAAGUCUUGACCCUUGCAAAAUGAAACUCUCAGCCAAAGCACAUGUGUGAAGUAGUUGAAGCAAAGCCGUUUAAGCACCGCCUUUACCCAAUCCUGAUACGUCCAAAUAACCAGUGACGAAAACCCAAACAUCGGAACUACUGCUGCUCAUUGUCCCAUGCACCCCUUCGCAACAGAUUCUACGGUUUGCAGGCAGAUAUCUGUCCACAAGAGAUUACAGAUAACUGUCUGUCUGUCUGUCUGUCUGUCUGUCUGUCUCUCUAGGGAGGUCUGAGAGGGACUCCAGCCCAGAGGGUGAAGAGAAUAGUGCAAUAUUUAAGUGUAUGUGUGUGUGUUUGUGUGUGUUUGUGCAAAUUCAUUUCCAUUAGGUAUGUGUGUCGGAAAUCGUCUUUCAAUUAUUUCCUAAUGUACUUAGAAUUAAUUUACUAAUAGAGCAAUAAUGAUUUUAGGGUCUAUGCUGUACAUAGAUCUAGAUAUGGAUACCAGUCAUUCAAAACCAUUGAUUGUUUUUUAAAUCUUGAGAACAAAUAGAUUUCAAGCUCUUUUUAAAUUGUGUGCUAUUAAUCCAAUUUACACACAAUCACCAUGUACAGGUUAAAAUACUCAGUACUAACAUUAUUUUAAUAGUAACUGUAUUUGAACAGGUUUGAAAAGCCAAACCCAAAUUCUGUUCCAUGUUGUUCAUGUGCCAAAACCCUCCUUUUUGCAGGUGUAGAGGUUCAAUAUUGUGCUGUUGUGUUGGAGGGGAACGCUUGCUUUAUUUCAAAGUCCUAUUUCAGAUUAUAUGGGCCAGAUUUUUACUGAGAAACUACAGUAUUUUUCAGUAAUAUAGGUGAACAAGCCUUUAAUGCUUUAUUAAUAGGUGUCCUGGUUGAAAUUGGACCUAGCUGUGGCUUUAAUGAGUCCAUCUGCUUCCCAAAUUACACCCUAUUCCCUAUAUAGUGCACUACUUUUGGCCAGAGCCACAUAAGGUUAGGGAGGGAAUAAGGUGCCAUUUGGCCCCAUGAUGGUUUGUUUCCCUCUAAACUGUCAUUGACUGCAGAGCGGCAGCAGAGCGGCAGGGGGGCUUGUGAUUGCUCCUCCAGGGAUCGUAUCAAUAACCCGUUGGCACAAUCGAUUCAAUUCCGCGAUGUCCGCGAUGUCCGUCUGCCCCCGCUCUGUCCACUCUGUCCGUCUGCCCCGAGAACAUUUGAUUUGUGUUCUAAGCUGGUUAUGAGCUGAGACAGGAAAAUAACAGCACUGGUUGUUUUGGUGUCAGUGGUAAUGAUUGGAAGCAGAGCUGGUCCUAUGCUGAGUGAAUUAGCUACCUAUCUGUUAUCACAGUUAUUACAGUUUGAUGGGUGAAUACUGAGGAAGGUCUGUUGCCCAAAAUGUUGGUCAGAGAAAACAGAAUGGCAAAAUGCAGAUUUGAGAUUGUGAUGGGAAAUGCAUUCAAACCAUUGAUUGUUUUUUAAAUCUUGAGAACAAAUAGAUUUCAAGCUCUUUUUAAAUUGUGUGCUAUUAAUCCAAUUUACACACAAUCACCAUGUACAGGUUAAAAUACUCAGUGCUAACAUUAUUUUAAUAGUAACUGUAUUUGAACAGGUUUGAAAAGCCAAACCCAAAUUCUGUUCCAUGUUGUUCAUGUGCCAAAACCCUCCUUUCUGCAGGUGUAGAGGUUCAAUACUGUGCUGUUGUGUUGGAGGGGAACGCUUGCUUUAUUUCAAAGUCCUAUUUCAGAUUAUAUGGGCCAGAUUUUUACUGAGAAACUACAGUAUUUUUCAGUAAUAUAGGUGAACAAGCCUUUAAUGCUUUAUUAAUAGGUGUCCUGGUUGAAAUUGGACCUAGCUGUGACUUUAAUGAGUCCAUCUGCUUCCCAAAUUACACCCUAUUCCCUAUAUAGUGCACUACUUUUGGCCAGAGCCACAUAAGGUUAGGGAGGGAAUAAGGUGCCAUUUGGCCCCAUGAUGGUUUGUUUCCCUCUAAACUGUCAUUGACUGCAGAGCGGCAGCAGAGCGGCAGGGGGGCUUGUGAUUGCUCCUCCAGGGAUCGUAUCAAUAACCCGUUGGCACAAUCGAUUCAAUUCCGCGAUUCAAUGCCCCGAGAACAUUUGAUUUGUGUUCUAAGCUGGUUAUGAGCUGAGACAGGAAAAUAACAGCACUGGUUGUUUUGGUGUCAGUGGUAAUGAUUGGAAGCAGAGCUGGUCCUAUGCUGAGUGAAUUAGCUACCUAUCUGUUAUCACAGUUAUUACAGUUUGAUGGGUGAAUGCUGAGGAAGGUCUGUUGACCGAAACGUUGGUCAGAGAAAACAGAAUGGCAAAAUGCAGAUUUGAGAUUGUGAUGGGAAAUGCAGUUGUUAUUUGAUGUUGUUGAGUAUUUCUGUUCUCUGGUUGACUCCUCUUACAGUAUUUGCUGGUAAAGUCUGCUGGUGUCUACAAUCUUAAAUUAUAGUUUGAAUCUGUUGGAAUCUGUUGAAUUAUGGCCUUAAUUUGGGUAGUAUUGGGAGCUGGUCUGAUGCUAUUCAAAGUGUCAGAGUGGAAUUGUGUGUCCAGGCAAUCUGUAAAAAAUGUGAAUGUAAAGUCUCCUCUCCUUCACCCAGGAGACUGACUCUGUGCUGUUUUAUCUUCUAUAACUGGAAAAUAAAUCUGUUUAAACAAAGAAUAAUAAACAUAAUCAUGACAGUUGCUCGACUGGCUAUACUAAAUGUGGUUCUAUGUUGUAAAUAGCAAUUAAUAUUUUUGUGUGAUACAUGUACAGUAUAUCCCAACAAAGUCAGCAUAUGAACAAAUGGAAUAUACUUUUUAAUGCAACGUUAGAAAUGAUUUAUCCAUUUGGUGAGGAGAAAUAACAGCUAAGAAUAUAUUUAUUAUUUAUUCAGUGUCUAUAAAAAUGAUGGUGAUGAAUAUGU